AUGGCAGAACUCACAGUGGGCUAUGUGUCUGGUAUCAUUGCCGCCGCGGUAUUUUUGGUCAUCGGUCAUCUCCCAGAGGAGAAUACAAUUGUCUCAUGGUCUGUCGUCAGCAGGCUGAUUCAUUCGUCAUACUGGCCAACGAUACUUAAUUCCGACACUGCUGCCAGUACAGGAGUCAGCAGAGCGAUAAAUGCUUGCAACUGGCUACAAUUGGGUGCGCUUGGGCUUGUUGCAAUUACUGGAAUUGUAACCCCUUUGGGCCUAUACGAUACUAUUGGCCCUGAUGAUACCCCAACAAAUAUCCCAUUCCGUUAUGCCUCUGAUACAUCGGCGUUUGGAAAGGCCACCCGCUCGAGAGAUGGAUAUAGAUCACUUAGGGUCUGUUACGCAGAUGAAGACCCCAAUACCGAUGAGGGAUGUCCUGGUGCGCCGCCAAAUAUCAAUGAUAUUGAAGACCCUGCCGAGGCGUACUCAAUCUGGCCGAGUAGUGUUGAUUUAUUCACGAGUGGAAAGGUACCGUCGACUGUUUCCAGCCUUUUUGACAUCCAGUGGCGGUCGUUUCGGUCGACGACCAACGUAGCCUUGGGUGUCAACGGCAGUGCAUUCUCUGAAGGAUAUUACCGGCAAAUCUCGCAGUUCAUCAUGGAGGAGGGAAUCAUAGCGGUUGAGGGCUUGAUCGUUGAUACUAAAGCUGGACGUAUAGGCUUCCGGAACCAUACUGUACCUGUGGAUGUUCCUACGGGUGCGAGGUGGACAGAAGAUAUACUGUUCAUCGAACCGGAAGCACGUUGCGUGAACACCAACUUGACCGUGGACUACAGGUACAACCCGUCCAGUGAGACGUAUGAUAGCUUUGAAGACACACGGGACCCAGUCCUGGUUGACCACGGCGGCUUCAGUAACCUACCCCAUGCGGUCUAUGAGAUAGACACGGCGAAUUUCCAAAACAAUGUAGCAUUGUAUGAGCGUGCCUACAGUGCUGCCUGGAGGCAUAAUAUGGCAUUGAUGCAGUUCUUCAACGUGACGACCAACGGAUCAGAUGGCCUGGCACCCUUCGCCUAUAUGAAUUCGGAAGUCGGAAAGAAGUUUGAUUUACGCAGCAUAGGGAGCAGUUAUAUUGCCCCCGUGACUGUUCAGACGGACAGCCGGUAUGCUGGCUUCCUUGAACUCCCGUUUCCUAACCAGUCAACAUCAUCGUCCCUGAGGGAUAGACCUGAGGGUCCUAACCCUGUUAAUCUCACUGCACAAGAUACCUACGCAAUUGCCCAGGAGGCCUGUCACUAUCCUUCAAUGGAAGAUCUGUCAAACCUGUCGUUCGUUGGUGUGUCCUGUGGCACAGUCUUCGCAGCACCUGGGAGGCUUGACGGAGACCCACUCAUCCCCGACACAAAUAGCACUUGGAGCACUCCAAUCUACUCCUGUGCUGCUGCUGCAAAAGCGGCUAUACGCAAGGUCACAUUUAGAUUCAAUGGAACGGGGGAGCUGGAUAACCUUGAGAUCGAAAGAAUAGAGCGCUCAUCUAAACCUCAGCUCUGGGGUGUCGAGCGAUUAGCCAAUCACACGAUAAGGAACGUACGGCCUCUAUGGGGUAUCGUAUCCCCUGAGGUGGGCACUCGUGACGACAUCUCCACUGUCGAAAGAGACCAUCUCUGGCUUCCUGGUUACCCAGAUACGUCCGUAUCGGACCUCUACACCGGACAGGCAAACAUGCCUGGCAGCCAGUUCUAUAUGGACAGGCUGCUAUCUCUUUUCGGGGUCAGAAAUAUGGAGAAGUCCACGUCACGAUAUACGGGACUCAACGAUCUGGCUCUAUAUAGUCAAUGGUUGGAGCUAUCCAACUCAUCAUCCGGCGUUGAGCACAUGCUCAAACUUAUGUGGACUGACAUGGCGGCCAAUACUGUGGUAGGUACGCGAGGGUGGCAUUCGCCGAAGAAUGGAGAAAGGUUGUCAAAGCGAGAUAGCGGCGAGGUAAAUGUGCCAGUUACACUAUGGUCACAACACAUUGAAUAUCGACUUCCGUACGCCAUUCCUGCCUUUAUAUUACUUGCCCUCUGCAUUGCACUGGGAGCAUGGAGUAUUUGGUUACUUAUUUUGAGGCGCGUCGGCCUCAAACAAAUGCGAACGUACCUCGCUCGUACCUCCCCGGGUAGGAUACUCGGGCAUGCGCUACAUGAAGAUCAAGGGAAUAUUCUUGCGUCUACGGACGUGUGGCUUCAGCAGAUAGGCUUACGAAAGGUCACGCUGCCAGGGCGAAAUGAAGACAGCGAAAUUCCAUUGCUAGAUGUUCAGCGGACACUAACCCACGAGGAUGGUGGAGGAGAUAAGAGCUCUAAGUAG